GUUGCUGCCACGUCUAAUCGUCACCACGUCCAACCAGAAAUAGGGCCGACUUCUGCUGAAAGAUUCAAACAUCCUGCAUCCUUUUCGAAGCAUCCGAUCAGUCUUGCGAUGGCUCGUCAGAACGAUGAAGAGAGACCUCUCCUUCAUCCAAACGGAGAUGCAGAUGUCUCAAGCCUCUACAGCAACGAAAGUCGUAAGAUUCAAUUCGAAGACGACGACGAAGAAAAUCCCAAAGCAUGGACUCGCAGAAAGAAACUCGUCAAUGUGGCAAUCAUUGCCUUGAUGGCUAUUCUCACGCCUCUGGCCAGUUCCAUGUUUACCCCUGGUAUCUCCCAGAUCGCCGAGGAUCUGAACACCAAUGAGCAAAGUGUCAUUGCUACAACGACAGGAUUUGUCAUCAUGAUGGGAUUUGGACCUCUUGUACUUGCACCGUUGUCCGAGACUUUCGGACGACGAAUGCUAUACAUCUCGUGCUAUUCAGUCUUUACCUUGCUCCAGCUGGCUUCUGGACUGAGUCCGAAUAUUGCCACUCUCGUUGCUGUGCGAACGAUAUCUGGCUUCUUUGGCAGUGUCGGCCUGGCGAAUGGAGCUGGAACACUUUCGGAUAUGUACGAACCGUCUGAGCGAGCGGGCAUCUUCGGGUGGUACUUACUCGGUCCAUUACUGGGACCUACGCUGGGCCCUCUCUUCGGAGGAGUCAUCGUCACCCGUCUUGGUUGGAGGUGGAUCUACUGGGUUCUUACCAUCGUCUGUGCACUCAACACUGCCAUCGGAUAUUUUUUCCUCUCAGAGACAUAUGCGCCCGUCCUUCUUGCUCGACGUAAGACUGCCCUUCAAGAAGACGCCAGUCGAGCCGUGAAAAUCCAUUUCGAGGAUGAAGACGAGCGGCCUCUUUGGACAAAACUUCGCGCCAGUCUGAAGAGACCAUUUGUUAUCUUCGUCCAGCCGAUUGUCUUGGUCAUGAGCCUCUACCAAGCCCUCAUAUUCGGCACCACUUACAGCAUUUACACCAACAUGCAGAACAUAUAUUCCGAGAAGCCGUAUAACUUCAACUCGGAAAAGAUUGGACUUUUGUACCUGGCACCCGGACUUGGUUUUCUGGUAUCGGUCCGGCUUUUGGUGCCUCGUAUUGACACUGUCUUCAAUCAGUUGACCAAGAAGAACGAUGGAAAAGCGAAACCAGAGUUUCGGCUACCGCUUGCCAAUAUUGGCAGUGUCCUGAUCCCUACCAGUCUUUUUGCUUUCGCGUGGCUUGUGGAGUAUCGCGUUCACUGGGCGAUCACCCUUAUUCCAACAUUCUUUUACGGUGUUGGGCAAGUGGUCUCUUUCAACGCGGUCCAAAACUAUUACAUUGACGCAUUCUCGAAGUAUGCUGCAUCGGCGAUUGCCGGAGGAUCUGUUUUCAGGAGUCUCUUGGGUGGGCUGGUGCCUUUGUUCGCUCCUAAACUCUUUGAUUCUCUUGGCUAUGGUUGGGGGAUCUCAGUGUUUGCAUUCGUGGCUGUUCUCAUCGGACCAAGUCCGAUAUUGUUCUACUAUUACGGAGAAGGCAUCCGCGAGAGAUUCCAGCUCACGUUUUGAGGAUGCGGGUGGUCGAUGGCCACUCUGGCCUUGGGCUGCUUAGGAAGCAGAUAAAAGGGGACAUGGACAUGGAUAUGUAUUAUUUUUAUUGGAUCACCAGCAUGGCUGUAGGUGUUUGUGCAACCACGCCACUUCGGCCGCUCGUCAGCGCAACGA